GCAAACACCAAGCUUCAUGUUAAUAUGAGAGGUAGCGAUGGCACAUUAAUGUAUUUUGCUUUCUAAACAAAUACCAUAACUUAAUGUGGCUUUUUAUAUCUUAAAAAAAUUGAGAGUUGAAUGAGAACAGUCGCAGGGGUCACUUCUGACCUUUAUUACUCCAUAACUCUCUGAAACAUGCUCCUUGACUAGAGGCUGUGAAAAUACUUCCAAUGAGAUGAAAUGGGAUGAUUAACAGGAAGCAGUUUAAAGAUAAGACUGGGAGAAGUACAGAGAAUUUCUUGCUAAAAUAGCAGGGAACUGCUUAGCUGUAAAGGCGAGAAGGGAAGAAAACUGGAAAGAGAUGAGACAUCAUCAUCCCAAGGAAAACUUUGAAGAUGCCUUUGAAAACAUCCCCGUGGCGUCCAAGAUGGAUCUCAAGUGUGCUCUGGAAGAAUGUUCAAUGGCACUGAACUUAUUUCUAAACAAUAAGUUCUCCGAAGCACUGGAACUACUUCGUCCAUGGUCCAAAGAUAGCAUGUACCAUGCGCUUGGAUACAGCACUAUUUUAGUUAUGCAAGCUGCUAUGACCUUUGAACAGCAGGAUAUACAAAUGGGAAUUUCUACAAUGAAGGAGGCUUUGCAAACUUGCCAAAGAUUCAGGAAAAGAAGCACAGUGGUGGAAUCUUUGUCCAAUCUAGUUUUGAAACAGUCAGUGGAUCAGUUGAGUGAAGAGGAAAUGCAUGCCGAAAUCUGCUAUGCUGAAUGCUUAUUACAGAAAGCAGCUCUUACCUUUGUACAGGAUGAAAAUAUGAUCAACUUUAUCAAAGGUGGACUCAAAAUUAGGACAAGUUACCAAAUAUACAAAGAAUGUCAUCAGGUGCUACAGAUGACUCAGGGGAACAAAAGCAGAAAUGAAACUUAUUACCAGUUUGAAGGAGGAGUAAAACUUGGAAUCGGAGCAUUCAACUUGAUGCUGUCACUUCUACCAGGAAGGAUCCUUCGACUUUUAGAAUUUAUUGGAUUUUCUGGCAAUAGGGAGUUGGGCCUCUGCCAACUACGGGAAGGCGCAUCUGGCAGCAGUUUGAGGGCCAUUCUGUGUACUUUCACCCUGUUGGUUUAUCAUACUUACGUCUCCUUAAUCCUUGGUACAGGGGAAGCCAACCUUCAGGAAGCAGAAAGUCUUCUCGAACCCUACCUCCAGAAAUUUCCAAAUGGUUCCAUUAUUCUAUUUUAUGCUGCUAGAAUAGAUAUACUGAAAGGAAAUUUUGAAAAGGCACAGUUAAGAUUCCAAGACUGCAUAGCAGCCCAGCAAGAGUGGAAACAGAUUCAUCAUCUCUGUUACUGGGAACUGAUGUGGUGCUACACCUUCCAGCAGGACUGGCUUCAAGCAUAUCGAUAUGCAGACCUGCUCAGCAGAGAGAGCAGGUGGUCUAAGGCAAUAUAUGUAUUCCAGAAGGCAGCAAUUCUAUGUAUGCUUCCAGAGGAUGAUUUGAAGAGGACUGGUGAGGACAUCGUGUCUUUAUUCAGACAAGUGGAUGGUCUAAAACAGAGAAUUGCAGGAAAAUCUAUCCCAACUGAGAAGUUUGCAGUGAGGAAAGCUCGACGCUAUGCAAGUGCUCAACCAGUGAAGCUGAUAUUACCUGCCUUGGAAAUGAUGUAUGUCUGGAAUGGAUUUGCAAUUGUGGGCAAAAGAUCAGACCUUACUGAAAACUUACUGGUAACAAUUGAAAAAGAAGAAACUGCUCUACAAAAUGAAACUAAUCCCAAUGAGUAUUAUAUGGAUGAUGUGUGCAUGUUACAGCUACUGAAGGGCCUGUGCCUGAAACACUUGGGAAGACUCAUGCAAGCUGAACUGUGUUUCAGUAAAGUAAUUCAAAGUGAGAAGCAAAUAAAAUACGAUAGUUACUUGGUGCCGUUCACCCUAUAUGAAUUAGGUCUUCUGUACAAACAACAGGAUGAGAGAGAAAAGGCAAUAAGAUACAUAGAAACUGCAAAAAACAACUACAAAGAAUACUCUAUGGAGUCCAGGUUGCACUUCAGAAUUCAUGCAGCACUUGACAGCUUGAAGAUGUCACCUGCUUCAACACCUUGAAUGAGGAGGGAUGCUUUUCAUGCAUACAAUAAAUAGCCUACACAAUCUUUUUGCAAUCUUUUUUUAAUCAUAGAAAAGAACAUAAUGAUUGUUUUCUGUCAUUUCUGAUUUGAUGUAUAUCAUUCUCAUAGACUUCUUUUUCUGUGUAGCGCCUACACUGUAUCUACUUGCUAUUUUAAAGAAGACCUUAUAUUUUGUUUGAUAAAAAUAAUUUAAUAUUUGACUUAAAUGGGGGAUAUUUUAAAAAAAAAAAAAGAUGGUGCAAUAAAGUUUAAUGCGAACACUAUUUUUUUAUAUAAGAACAGAUGCUGGUUAUGCAGUGGAACUGGUAAUAAUUUAGCAUUUUUUGAAAGUUUGAUUUUCUGAAGUACACUUGAGACCUUUUUGCUUCUGGAAUAAAAAAGCAGAUAACCUUAUCCACAUUUGGCAUAAGUUAUUCUGAAAUUUGUGUUCCAGAGGAAAAAAUUUGUCAUCUUUGACUUAAUUUCAUUUUGGGAACAAAAUGAACCUGUCUAAAGUGCAAUAUUUUUACAUUGUCAGAGGAGGCUAAGCAGGGCUACAGUUAUAACGUAGCCCUUUGUAGGUCUAUUUCACUCAAAAUAAGUUCUUACAGGGGAUAUUUUCCAGUCAUAGAAAAGCAUGGCUAUAAGUGACAUUAAGAGAUCAUUCUGUAUCGUUGCUUUGAAGCAGAAUCAACAGUCUUGAGUUGUUCCUGACAGACUUGUUUGACUUGUUUAACAAUUAAAAAAAAAAAAAAAGCUUGCACUGAGAACAUUCAUUUUGCAACUUACAUAGGAUAUUUUUCCCAGUGGGAAAAGACUGGGAAAUUUUGCUUGGUGUGUACCCCAAAUAAUUCUUGGUACAACUGAAACUAGUUUUUUCCCAUCUUUCCUGUCAUAGACCUGGAGAAAGGAUUGUUCUUUUCCUUUUUGAAGCAAUCUUUUAAUAUAUGAAGACUAGCACCCUUUUUGGUAUUCUCUGUUCUUGGAUACCAACAAAAAAAAAUAAAAAAUUGAGGAACAUAUAUAUUUUCCUAAUUAUGGGAAUAACUCAUAUUAAUGGAAUUUGAUUGUACAUCAAAAAGGGAAUCCACUUUUAAAAUUGCAGUUAAGAAAAUGCACAUAUUCUAAUCUAAUUUCUAGCAAAAAUAUGUAGUAAAAUCGAGAUAUUUAUAAGAGCAUGCAUUUCUCUUUUCAUUGUAAUAUGGGAAUAGCAGUAUCAAAUUGAAUUUCUGAUUUCUUUAGAUAUGCAGAUUCUAUCUGUCUAUUUUUAAAAAUAAGAAUAUAUUUGAUUUUCAUUUAAGUAUACACCCAGUAACUGUUCUUUCACUAGUUACUGCAAAACUUGUCCAUUUCCAUAUUUUAUCAAUGCCAGUAUAUUUACUUCUGCAUGUAAAUUCAUAGUAACUGUGCUCAUGAAUGUGAUUCGCUGCCCUAAACUCUCAUCUAAGAAAAAAUGGGACAAAAGGAAUAGGUGAAAGUAUAUCUUUAGUAAAUGAGUAACUGAAGUACCUAAUUAAACAGUCUAUGUAAUGUAAAUGCAAUCAUUAUUCUUCUCAAGUGACUGAGAGCACAGCUUUCUUCUAUGACUUUAUAAAUAACUGGGUCAUUUAAUUGCUUAUAAUUCUGUAAUACAGCGGCAUACUUACAGGUCAAGUAAGGGGUUAAAAAUAUUAACUAAAUAAACAUAAUGGAUUUUUCGAAGUGGAAACCUGAUCCAAAGUCUGUUUUCUUCACUGGUUUGGAUUUGUGCCUACUGUAAAUGUGUAACUAAGUUAUUGUGUAAAAUUAUCCACAUGUAGGUGUGAAGCUAGAGAUACCCGAGACACUGAAUCACUGAUAAAAUGAGCAUGCUUAUUUUAAAAUAUAUUCUACUGGCUGUAGCUAAAGUACAAAACAGAGAGUAGUGUAUGAUGCCAACUGACUUCUCUAAUUAUUUAUCCAUUUAUACAUCUGAUUGUAAGCUGUAGUUAGCAUAAACAGACAAUACUUUUAAUACAUUGAUGGGCAUUUACAUGUGCAGUUUAGGAUUACUUUGGCCUGAUCCGAUUAUUAGAUAUUGGCAGUCAAAUGAGACUACUUCAACUUCCUGUAGAAGGUGAUGGAAACAAUUGCAGGUAAAAUUUCUGUAAUCUGUGUUUCAAAUAGUACUUCACAGAAGAGUUAGAACUGGGACUACAGACUCUCAGGAUGGAGCAUAAAGUAGUUUCUGAUCUCUGGUUCUUGUGGGGAGUGUCUUCCAGUUAGUAUUUCAUUAGUGUUUUUUUGAAAGUUUGGUACAAAGCGUCGUGUCACAGUGUACUUUUUUCCAUGGGUAAUGUCACUGACUGAAGGGAGACUGAAAAACAACUUUAUUUUCUUCAGUUCAGCCUUCUGAAGUCAGUAUCAUUACCCUGUGUAUGUUACACUUAAUUUGUUAAGUACUGUUUAGAGCUUGUCUUCUUUUCUGUGCUGUGGUUCCAAACUUUGUUAGAAAAAUUGAUUGAUCAAGUUGCUUAACAUUAAGCUUUAUUCUGGACAUUUUUUUUCCAUCUUAGUAAAGAGAGUGAUUUUUAACCCUUCACUUGAAGUAGGUCUCCAUAGAGCUGUAAAAGAUGCUUGGUUUUCCAAACGCUGUAGAAGCACAUCUCCCCUACACAGUAUGUCAUUGGUGCAGUGUUAUUUAGGACAUUAUGUCUGAGUUAAGUGACCUGUGGCUAAGAGUUCAGAAAAAAGGUCUGUGGGUUUUUUUGGUUUGUUGGUUCAUUGUUUUUGUGCGGUGUUUUUGGUUGUUUUUUGUUGUUGUUUUUUAAUCUGCUGAGUACUAUACUGGGCCUUAAAUAUAGCUCUGAUUUAGUCUUAACUGCUCUUUAUAAUCUUCACCUCACUUGCUCAUCUUCAUGGGAAUUUUGAAUAUUGUGCUGAGACUUUGAAACUGAGCAAAGCAUUUUCCCUGUGAUGAUAUAGCUUUUCUCAAUAAUACUAGGAAUUAUAAUAUAUACAAGAGCAAAUUUAAUUUGUUAGUUUAGGCAAGCAAGGCUAAACUUACACAGAUAGGUUAUGAGAAAAGAUCAUUUACAUCUUUUUGAUAAUAGAUGUAUUUUUUUUUAAGGUAA